CUUUUGAAUUCGAAUGGGGCAAUGACCCAACCAUUAGUCCAUCCGUAGAAAGUAAAAACGUCACAAGCACUCCUGGUCAUUCGGUCACCGAGACCCCAACAGAGUUGAGUGAAAAUUCUACGACCAGUACGACCAACGAGGCGACAUCUGCCGCUCAAACUGCAAACCCCGCGACCACUCCCAUGGAUGAAACUACCUCCAGGGCGUUGGAUGGAGACGGAACGACGACUACUUCAGCCAACACAACUGAUGAUGAUAUACAAGCAGCAAUCCCACCCGAAAGAGGUCAUGCGCUCCUUGUUAUUGUUAUAGCCGUCAUCAUCCCAGCGCUCCUCAUCAUCACAGUUGCAAGUAUCAUUAUCGUUAGGCGGCGAGUUAAGAGCACGUACUCGGUUCAGGAUGCGGUGGUUGAUAGUCAGAUGAGGGUCAUCAGGUCCAACAAGGACGAUGCAGACUGGGAGUUACAGAUGAGGACCCAGUCCUAUUAUGGCGGCACAGAUCCUUAACUCUUAAGGGACUGGGAGUUACAGAUGAGGACCCAGUCCUAUUAUGCCCGCACAGAUCCUUAACUCUUAAGGGACUGGGAGUUACAGAUGAGAGCCCAGUCCUAUUAUGCCCGCACAGAUCCUUAACUCUUAAGGGACUGGGAGUUACAGAUGAGGAUCCAGUCCUAUUAUGGCCGCACAGAUCCUUAACUCUUAAGGGACUGGGAGUUACAGAUGAGGUCCCAGUCCUAUUAUGGCCGCACAGAUCCUUAACUCUUAAGGGACUGGGAGUUACAGAUGAGAGCCCAGUCCUAUUAUGGCCGCACAGAUCCUUAACUCUUAAGGGACUGGGAGUUACAGAUGAGGGCCCAGUCCUAUUAUGCCCGCACAGAUCCUUAACUCUUAAGGGACUGGGAGUUACAGAUGAGAGCCCAGUCCUAUUAUGGCCGCACAGAUCCUUAACUCUUAAGGGACUGGGAUUUACAGAUGAGGAUCCAGUCCUAUUAUGGCCGCACAGAUCCUUAACUCUUAAGGGACUGGGAGUUACAGAUGAGGUCCCAGUCCUAUUAUGGCCGCACAGAUCCUUAACUCUUAAGGGACUGGGAGUUACAGAUGAGAGCCCAGUCCUAUUAUGGCCGCACAGAUCCUGGACUCUUAAGGGACUGGGAGUUACAGAUGAGGAUCCAGUCCUAUUAUGGCCGCACAGAUCCUUAACUCUUAAGGGACUGGGAGUUACAGAUGAGGUCCCAGUCCUAUUAUGCCCGCACAGAUCCUUAACUCUUAAGGGACUGGGAGUUACAGAUGAGGACCCAGUCCUAUUAUGGCCGCACAGAUCCUUAACUCUUAAGGGACUGGGAGUUACAGAUGAGAUCCCAGUCCUAUUAUGGCCGCACAGAUCCUUGACUCCUUAGGGACUUGGAGUUACAGAUGAGGACCCAGUCCUAUUAUGGCCGCACAGAUCCUUAACUCUUAAGGGACUGGGAGUUACAUAUGAGGACCCAGUCCUAUUUUGGUCGCACAGAUCCUUAACUCUUAAGGGACUGGGAGUUACAGAUAAGGGCCCAUUCCUCUGUUUUAUGUUUCCAGUUUUAUGUUGAAUUGAAUCUGUAAUGUAAUGGACCAUAACGAUAAAUUGUGUAAUUCGUGAAUAGAACAGACUGUGGUCAAAGGGUCACACCGUGGGACUCUUGUAUUAGUAUGUACAAAAUAUGCAUAGAUCAUGUGGAAAAGUUGCACUGAAGACAACUAAUGGUAAAAGA